UUCUAUUUUAUAAAAAAAGAAAAAAGCAAAAUGCACCGGCCAAUUAAAUGCGCUAAUUCUAUAAAAUAAGAUCAUCACCGUUCACCAAUAUCUUUGUCAACGACAUUUCAUCAAAACGACAUUCAUUUCACAUUCCAUAAAAAUUGGACCAACAACAACAAAAACAUAAACCCAGAACAAGAAUCUCUUACUACCUUUCCCCAAAAAACAAAGCUACUAAAAAUGGAAGGAGGAGACAAGAUUAAAUUGGUGAAAUUGAAGGCAAUUGAAGCAACCCCUGAAAAUUUCAAAGAUUAUGGUCAAGUUAUUCAAUCUUCUUCUGAUGGUGAAGAAUUUGGACCUCAUGAUGCUCAACUUGACCUUUCCCGUGGAAUUCCCAGGUUUUACAUUAUGCAACUAAAAGAUCGAGGACUCAACUUUUCAACAAUCACCCAUCAUGCAAAUGUGACUCAGUGCUUAGGCUCCAUUGGUGGCCAUGAAUGGUAUCUUGGUGUUGCCAAGCCAUCCAUUGUGGAUUUGUAUAUCCCUCCUACUGCUCCUAGUGUGGAAGAAGUGAAUGAUUCUAGCGCAAAUGUUGUGGAACCAAGCAAAAAAAUUGCCAAGUCACCUUGUGGCCAUUUAUAUGUACCUCCUAGUGUGGAAGAAGUGCAGCUCUUCAAAGUUAUGGGCCCCAAGUUUCUUAAGCUUAAUGUUGGGACUUGGCAUGCUGGACCUUUAUUUGUCCAAGGUGCAAUGGAUUUCUACAACUUAGAAUUGAGUAAUACAAAUGUGGUGGAUCAUACAACUCAUAAUUUUCGCCAAGAGAAUGGGGUACAAUUUGUGAUUGAUGAAUAACUGGUUCUGCUUGGUAUGAAGGGAUGGGCCGUUGGAGUGACAAAGAGAACCUUAUGCUACAUUUAUGCCCCCGUUGCUGUUCCUCUCUGUAUAAUGCACUAGUCAACUUGGUAUGUGAGUUGUAAAAUUGAUACUAUAUUUUCAAGUGAUGCCAUUCACUUCUUUUAAUCCGGUGAAUUGCAACUUGAAAAUUGCUUCUUUCACGUUUCAUUCCAAUUUACUUGGAGUCUUGCAGAUGUAUAUUUAUGCCUUUUCCAGACCGGUGACUGUAACUACGAGAUACUUAUGUUUUGUUGAAAAAAUCUUGUAGUUUGCUUUAUUAUCUCAAACAGAAGUCACCACAUACAUGGCUUUAUUUUCCAUGUUUUGAAUUACAUUUGGAAGCCCGAAUUGAUCG